UAUCUUCUAUCUUUCAUCAAUAUAUUUUUCAUCAUCUAUUUUCGUUCAUACGUCAAAAAGUGUCUUGCACUGUAUUUUUAAUUUCAAUUCCUUUUUCGUAAAUUAAUCGUUUGAUGAAGAAGCGGCAAUGAAUAGAGACAUGAAAAAAUAAUGACAAUUUCAAUGAAAGAACAAGAAGAAAUGCCCGGGGAGAUGGCAUUCCCCGAGGCUGACCUUAAAGCUCUAGAAGAAAAAAUAACACAUCCACGUUGGGUUGUACCAGUUUUACCUGAACAAGAAUUAGAAACACUUGUCUUGGCUGCUACUGAGCUGGCUGUCAGUGGUGAAGAUGUAAAUAAUCCUUAUUGUCAGAGAUUUUACAAUGAUGCUCUUACUCUAGCAUUUACUAAGAUCCUAACAGAUGAUGCGGUGGCUUCUUGGAAAAGUAAUAUACAGCAGUGUGUCAGAUCUAAUUGUGAGAAACUAGUGAAGCUAUGUGCCAUGAAAUUAGACGAUCCAAGAUUUCUACAUUUAUUGUCUAUGGCGUUUAAUCCAAGUAACAAAUUUCACACAUUUAAUGUGUCUCGGACCUGUGAAGGUUUGGCAGUUACAAACCUUUGCAAUUCGGGCCAAGGCUCUGGUCAGGAACCAGAAAUUUUUGCAAGAUCGCAAGAUCACCGUGCCCCUCGUGGAUGGCUGGUCCAUCUUAUUAAUGUCUUUGGUCAAGCUGGUGGUUUUGAGAAACUACGAGAAAGAUUUGAAUCUAUAAUGGGGUAUCAAAAGUCUGAACUAACAAUGUCUGUAAAUUAUGAUGAAAAAAUUAUAACAGAAACACAAGAAUAUGAAGAAAACAAUAAGGUAGAUGUUACAGAAACUUUGCCAUUAACUUCAGAAAUAACAGAGAGUACAAUAUCUUCUAAAAGUGAACCAUAUUCAUCAUUGGAACAGUCAAUGAGUGUGGAGACUCGAGUGGCUGCUGUGUGGCAACUGCUGCGACCUUUCAGUCUAUGUUAUGACUUACUGACACCACAUACAAUUACAGUUUAUUUCUUACCCAUCAUUGAAUGCAUACCUACAAUGUUGGAAAGUCUUACUGAUGAUGAAUUGAAAAGGGAAGGCAGAGCCUCAGAAAAUAAAACAGAUAGUGUCUCAUGUCUGAUUAAAACUUGCAAAUGUCUGCUAAUGAAGAUACCCCAACAUCAUAACCUGUUAAAGUCAUUAGAAAUGUUCAGACUGAAAAUGAUCUUGAGAUUACUUCUGAUGUCAUCAUUUAAUGGAAAGAUGUCAGCACUAAAUGAAAUUAAUCAACUUAUAAGUACAAUAUCACAGCAACCAAAACCAGAAUGGCUUACACCAACAAUUGUUACUAAUUGGAUUCGAGAGAACAAAGUAGUGGACAUAGUUUUACGAGAUUCACUACAUCAGCCACAGUAUGUAGAGAGGUUAGAAAAAAUGUUAAGAUUUUUGAUAAAAGAAAAUGCUUUAACCAAUGAAGACUUGGAUGCAAUAUGGCGGGCUCAGCUGGGCAAACAUGAAGCUAUUGUAAAGAAUUUACAUGAUCUUCUAGCAAAGCUGGCGUGGGACUUUACUCCGGAUCAACUGGACCACCUUUUUGAUUGUUUUAAGGCAAGUUGGGCGACAUCAAGUAAGAAACAAAGUGAAAAGCUUUUAGAAGUUAUAAGAAGACUAGCAGAAGAUGAUAAGGAUGGUGUUAUGGCAAACAAGGUAUUAGUACUUUUUUGGAACCUAGCUCACUCAGAUGAUGUUUGCACCGAGAUAAUGGACGUAGCAUUGGUUAACCUCAACAAGAUAUUGGAUUACAGCUGUAGUCAGGACCGAGAUGCACAGAAGACCCUUUGGCUCGAUAAAUGUGUGGGAGAGUUAAAGAACAAUGAGAAAUGGGUUUUGCCAGCGUUGAAGAUGAUGCGCGAGAUAUGUUGCCUGUACGAGUCUGGCGGCGGCACGGGCGUGCGGCCGCAUGUCACGCGCCAGGAGCUCAUCGACCGCCUGCAGACGCAGCACUCUCUAGUCAUACUGGUCGCAAACUCCCUUACACAUUACUUGGAUCGCGUGCGGAAGAAACUUCGAGAGGAGGGAUCCAUCGACUGGGAUAAUUGGCUACCCGACGGCAGGUAUCCUCAUGCGGCACAAGUUCACGAACGAUUGGGUUUUCUUAGAUUUUUACUUAAAGAUGGCCAGCUUUGGUUAUGUGCUGAACAGGCCAAGCAAAUAUGGACAUGCCUUGCAGAAAAUCCAGCGCAUCUUGGAGAUCGGGAGGCAUGUUUUAGAUGGUUUAGCAAACUGAUGGGAGAAGAACCUGAUUUAGAUCCAAAUAUCAAUCUACAAUUUUUUAGAAAGAAUAUAAUGACAUUGCCUCCCAAUGUACUAACUCAUGCGGGUAUCAAAUGUUUUGAAAGAUUUUUUAAAGCUGUUAAUUCCAAAGAAGGAAAAAUUAAAAUUAAGCGACGUAGUUUUUUAAUAAUUGACGCUGAUCUCAUAGGCUUAGAUUAUUUAUGGAGGGUGAUAACGGAAUGCCAUGACGAUAUAUCGAACCGCGGCAUCGAGCUGCUGCGCGAGGUGUGCACGUACGCGGGUCCUCAGCUGUCGCCGGCGCAUCACCACGAGUCAUUUCUCACCCAGUGCUGCGCUCGCACGCAGCGCCUGCAGAAGGAGAUGGACUCACAACAUGAUGUUACUGCAAUUUGUACAAAAAUGUGUAGAGUACUUCGUGCCAUACAAGAAUAUAUAAAUGAAUGUGAUAGAAGAUUCUCCGCAGACCGACAAAUAAUACCGAUCUACAGGUCUGGCAGAGGUCGCCAGUGCACUAUUACAAUCAGAUUUAACUUUCAAACUGGUCAAAGACAAAUUGACGACAUUGAGCUAAUUUCACAUUCUAAUGAAACACUACACACUUUGAGGUCUGCAGUACAAAGAAGGGUAAAAUGUUCUGCAGAUAGUAAUAUGAAAUUAGAAAUGUAUAUUAAUAAAAUUGAAUUAUAUGUCAAUGGUGAGAUAUUAGAUUCAUCUCAUGACAGGAAGACCUUAUCACAAAUUCCACUACGAGACAAGACAGUGAUUGUAGCUAAGGUGUAUGAUGGACCGGUGUGCGGAAGUGGUGGAUGCGGUUCUUCGAAUGAGUCAAGCAGCGAUUCCAGUAAUUCAUCACCACCCUCAACGCCUACUCCAGAACACGCGCUGCCUGGUGUCUUGUUCGCACAAGGAUCCUGGUACCUGCCGUUUAUAUUAGAUUUAGAACAUAUUGGCAUCACUAAAAAACAUGCACAGUUGACAGAAGCUGCACAUCUUAUCUCCCAAAUAUGCCCUGCGCACAAGCAAACUGUUGAGAAACUUACUGAAGCCUUACUUUGUCGCGAUGAUUCCAAGUUAAAGGAUAUGUUGUAUGGACCAGCUCCGCCUACCGUAGCUUAUAAUAUGCAGGUACUUCAUAGUAUGGUGUUACCAUCGACAGACUCAAGACUUGAGCGCAGUCGCAAUUUUCAGUUGGCCUGCGUCAAGAAGGCGCAAUUAUUAGUGCUCAGCCUAUCUGAUAAAGACUUUUUAUAUGGUGCUGCAUCUCAUACCAGAAGGGUUGGCUACUUAUCAUUAGUGAGAUUAGUAAAGUUAAUACUCUAUACUUUGGGACACCUUUUUGAAAUAUUAGCUCCCCAUGGAUCAGAUCUUACAUUAGACAACGACUUCAGAAUGGAUGUUACAAUUUUACGAGAAGCUCUACAGACGGUCUCAAAUCAUAAUUGUGAACUGAUUGUAAAAACGAUAGCUGAAAAAAUAUCAAAAAUGUUGGCUCAACAGUACAAACAUCAGGUGGUAGCAAACCGUGACGAGGGCGACUCGGUGACGUCGCUGUUGUGGUGGCGCUUGCCCACCAUAGCGACCGUGCGCGCGCUCUACACGCUCGCCUACUGCGUCGCGCAGCCCUUCGACGUCAUCGGCGCCGUACACCCCGACGACGUCACUUUGGUUCGAGAAUGCAUGGAGGUGGUGACCAUUUGCAUGGCGCUGGGAGGAGGGCAUCUAGAGAUGUUACUACACGAAGCCUGGUGGCAAGACAGUGUUCUCUACCUCAUGAUAGAUUGCCCCAACGCGCAGGUGCGCGUGUCGUGCGCGGAGCAGCUGUUGGUGAUGUGCGCGUGGGGCGGAGGGGGCGGGGCCCGUGGCGCGCUGGGCGUACUCAGCGCUGGCGGCACGUGCGGCGCGAGGUUGCAGCGACACGCGCGACACGCCCAGCAGUUUCUGCAGCUCAUAUGCCGCCUCGUCUCGCUGGCCGGACCCACGGCGCGCACAAGAGAAGAUCUAGCAUAUGAGGUCAAUUGGUUACGCACGAUUCGUGCUAAUCCGGAACUGGUCGACGACACACUUUUAGAAGGACAUCUUAAUUUAACCAAAGAGCUGUUCAACCAUGUUCCAACCCAAGUGAAAUUCCAGUAUGGCGCUCACCCGGAUCAUAAAGAUGCUGGACUUAUAAAGGAGGUGAUGACGGAGUUCCUGUGGCCGUACUCUUGGGCAUGGUGCCAAAUGGGUGACGCGGACGGCGAUGGAGACGGCGAGGGGCCCCGCGAGCCGGCACCGCCACUGUGCCGCACGCCGGGCGCUGCCACUGCCGCCGCCGACCUACUGCUGGCGCUUGUGCACGGCUGCGUGCCAAAUAUGUCGGCCGUCGCACAACUCCUCGAAAUGAUGUUUUAUUGUGAUAAGAACAUCCCACUGUCUGAGUGGGAGUACAUGCCGAGCGUGGGUCCGCGGCCGCCGGCGGGGCUGGUGGGUUUGAAGAACGCGGGUGCCACGUGCUACAUGAACUCCGUACUACAGCAGCUGUACUGCGUGCGCGCCGUGAGGGACGUGCUGCUCUCCGUGCAAGGAGCUGCUACAGAUCCGAAUGAAGAUUUUUCUGGAGAUUUACAACAUCACAGUCUGAUAGAAAAUAAUACUGAGAAUUCCGGUGAUUACAACCUUACAAUAUUAAAACAAGUACAAGCCAUAUUUGCACAUCUACAAUAUAGCAAAUUGCAGUAUUACGUACCCAGAGGUCUCUGGGCGCAUUUUAAACUUCAAGGUGAGCCGGUUAAUUUACGCGAGCAACAAGACGCGGUUGAAUUCUUCAUGUCCCUCGUAGAAUCACUCGAUGAAGCGUUGAAGACGUUAGGACAAGAACAGUUAAUGGCUAAAACUAUGGGAGGAACAUAUUCUGACCAGAAAAUCUGCAAAGGUUGCCCUCACAGAUAUUGCAAAGAGGAACCUUUUAGCGUUGUUUCUUUGGACAUCAGAAAUAUGUCUCGCUUACAGGAAUCCCUCGAAGCUUACGUUCGCGGGGAAUUGCUAGAAGGUGCCGAUGCUUAUUAUUGUGAUAAAUGUAGUAAAAAGGUGGUAACAGUAAAGAGGCUGUGUCUUAACAAAUUGCCUCCAGUGUUAGUCAUACAACUCAAAAGAUUCGAAUACGAUUUUGAGAAAGUGUGUGCAAUCAAAUUCAAUGACUAUUUCGAGUUCCCGCGAGAACUGGACGUCGAGCCAUACACAGCGUGGGGCUUGGCGCGGGCUGAGGGAGACGCGACGCUGUGGGACGGCGGCGAGGAGCAGACACCGGAGACUCAUUAUCAGCUCAGCGGCAUCGUGGUGCACUCGGGACAGGCAUCCGGCGGACAUUACUAUUCAUAUGUUUUAUUACGCGACAAUGGCAGCGAGAGCGGUCGGUGGGUGAAGAUGGACGACGGCGACGUGUCCGAGUGCGGCAUGCACGACGACGAGGAGAUGAAGGCGCAGUGCUUCGGCGGCGAGUACAUGAGCGAAGUGUUUGAUUCGGCAGUAAAGCGGGUUUCAUACAAGAGACAAAAGAGAUGGUGGAAUGCUUACAUGUUAUUCUACACCAGGAAGGACACCAUUGACACACCCACACUAGAACAAUCUAUGAAAAGUAUGACGCUCAAAGAAACUACCCUUCCGAAACCGAUUUGGCAGUCAGUACGUCGCAGUAACAUCGCGUUCUGUCACAAUCAAGACCAGUUCAGUUUGGAACAUUUCAAUUUUAUGAAGAAACUGUGCUGCAUGCGUCUGCAAGUGCUGCCGGGGUCACAAAGUGCUGUAUGGGCUCAAGAACACGAAGAAAUGUCGAUGUUGGCUGUGCAGUUGGCUACGAAAUUCCUUUUCCAAGUCGGAUUUCAUACAAAGAAAACCUUGCGGGGUCCAGCUUCAGAUUGGCAUGAAAUUGUGUGCCAGCACUUGCGAUGUUCCCAAACUGUUCGUGUGUGGUUCGCUGGGGAUCUCUUCAAAUAUCCCCACAGAUUAUGCGAUUAUCUACUGACAUGUCCCUCUGUCGAAGUACGUCUGGUGUUCAUGAAGAUUUUAGUAUUUCUAGCACAUUUCGCAUUUCAAGACCCGCCAGUGAGCGGCGGGUGGGGGUCGUGGACGACGCCGGACGAGGCGGGCUCGCUGUCCGACCAGGUGAUGUGCGCGGUGCGCGCGCUGGCGGCGCCGCAGCACGUGGAUGCGCACCAGCACCGUAACCUGCCGCUGCUGUUCAAUCUCUUCCACGCGUACGCCGUUCUCGGCUACAACGAGAAGCAACAACUACUGCGCUUAAAAAUACUAGAUGUCGUGUUAACGCUUUGCAUGGAUGACAAUAUUGUUACGGCCGGAAAGCAUCAAUACCCAGAUUCAGCGAAAGUGCAUCAGGUGGUGUGCGUGCUGGCGCGCUGCUGCGACGUAAGCAUGCACUGCCAAUCUCUGAGUGCCGGUGAGGAGGCUCUCCCCAACCCUUACGGGGAGCCGCUGCCCGCACACCACGCCCACGCAGUGAGGCCCCCGCUAUCGCCGGUCGUCGCCGAACUGCUCUACAACAGGACUGGUACGUACGUGAAAAAGCUGACUGAAGAGUGUUGCGGGUGCGAGGAGGGGGUGCGCUUGCUGCAGUUCCUUUGCUGGGAGAACGCGGGUUGGUCGCGGGUCGCGCUCUCCGAGCUUCUGUGGCAGAUGGCGUAUGCCUACUGCCACGAGCUGCGCCGCCACACCGAAGCCCUCUCCGCUUUGCUGCUCUUGGAGGACAGCUGGCAGCAGAUUCGCAUACAGAAUGCAAUUAAGGGAAUUUCGGAGGAACGACCGGGUCUGCUGGAGACGGCGAUACGCGCGCGCGGGCACUACCAGAAGCGCGCGUACGCCUGCCUGAAGCUGGUGGUGAGCGUGAUGUGCCGCGCCCCGGCCGCCGUGCGCACCGUGCACAGCCACAUCGAGGCGCGCCGUCGCUGGCGACAGCUCCUCGCCUGGCUGCAGGAUGAACUCGAUCGCUUCGGACCCGGCGGUUACGGUUCUUACGGCUCUUGGUCACCGCCCGGAACGUCUAACGAAUCAUCUAGCGGCUACUUC